AUUAUCUGAGUGACUCGGGGUUUUGGUGUCUGCCUCCGAGCGCGUGUGUGUGUGUGUAUGUUGGAGGGAGAAAAGAGAUAAAGAGAGAGAGAGUAAGGGAGGGAGAGGCAAGCAGCGUUUCUUCUCCCCCCUUUAGCCUCCCCGUCUCCCUGCUCCCUGUCACUCCAUCCUUCCUCCCCUCUCCUGGACCACCCUCCAGCCCUGCUUCGAGCCGGACCGAGACCCCCUACCACCCAGACCACCCCGGGACCCUUUGACUCUCCUCACUUCUCCGUCCCACCAACCAACACCUCUGAGCAGGAAUUUCUCUCCUCUCCUCCCCUGGAGUGCCAUCUGUCAACAACUCAACAGCACAAUAUCCGCUGAGUCCACUUCCACACUUUAGUUGAUCUUAAUACCCUUCUGCUGGCCAAGCGCAGCAAAGUGCAUCAGCCAGACGUCCAGUCUCCCCGUUCUGCUGGAAGGCUGCCAGCCACAGGUCACAUGACCUGGAAGAAAAAACCUGGGAGACUUUUGGGAUCCCUUUUCGCAUGGGCUGGUUAUCAACCUGAAGGGAAGUCCAAAGGCUGAUGAACUGAUCUGUGUCCGUGUGAGACCACAUUGCUCUGGUGUCCUGUAUGCCCUGGGAACACAACGCCCAGUGCAAAUCUGGUGACUGGCUGGCUGGAAUACCACACUACUCCUUCUCCUUCUGAGGACAUCCCAUUCCAGGACGGUGCUUUGCUCUCACUUCCUCACAGCAUGGAGCCAACCAAAGUCCAGUCAGAGGGUGGCCUCAAUGUCACCCUUACCAUCCGCCUCCUCAUGCAUGGAAAAGAGGUUGGAAGCAUAAUUGGAAAGAAGGGGGAAACAGUAAAAAAGAUGCGAGAAGAGAGCGGGGCACGAAUCAAUAUUUCUGAGGGGAACUGUCCAGAGAGGAUUGUCACCAUUACCGGACCAACAGACACCAUCUUCAAAGCUUUUGCUAUGAUCGCCUACAAAUUUGAGGAGGACAUAAUCAAUUCCAUGAGCAACAGCCCAGCAACCAGCAAGCCCCCUGUCACCUUAAGGCUUGUAGUGCCAGCCAGCCAGUGUGGCUCCCUCAUAGGUAAAGGAGGCUCCAAAAUAAAAGAAAUGAGAGAGUCCACAGGGGCCCAGGUUCAGGUGGCAGGAGACAUGCUGCCCAACUCCACAGAGCGUGCAGUGACAAUCUCUGGAACCCCAGAAGCCAUCAUCCAAUGUGUCAAACAGAUCUGUGUGGUCAUGCUGGAGUCUCCACCAAAAGGUGCCACCAUCCCUUAUCGCCCAAAGCCCGCCUCCACCCCGGUCAUUUUUUCUGGGGGCCAGGCCUAUACAAUUCAGGGACAGUAUGCCAUACCACACCCGGAUCAGUUGACCAAGCUCCACCAGUUGGCUAUGCAGCAAACCCCCUUUACCCCUCUCGGACAGACCACCCCUGCUUUCCCUGGUUUGGAUGCCAGUCCACCAGCCAGUACCCAUGAACUCACCAUUCCUAAUGAUCUAAUAGGCUGCAUCAUUGGACGCCAGGGAACCAAAAUAAAUGAGAUUCGACAGAUGUCUGGAGCGCAGAUCAAAAUUGCAAACGCCAUGGAGGGCUCGUCAGAGCGCCAGAUCACCAUAACAGGGACUCCAGCUAACAUCAGCCUGGCCCAGUAUCUCAUCAAUGCCAGGCUGACGUCUGAAGUCACUGGAAUGGGCACACUCUAAUUUCUACCCAUCUUCCCUCAGUGCAUCACAUGACCUUUGAGCAAAUGGCAUUGCACAUAGUAUAUUUAUUAUUUCUCUGUAUUUGACUGUCCUGAUAUUUAUGUGACUUUAACCUUUAUAAUUUCUAGUGUUUACCAUAAACACGUGUAUUUGCACUGUUACUAGGAUUCCUCACACCUAUCCUGUUGUUUCUGUUUCUGAAAGGUCGCUUUACUUUUUUGUCACUCUAGUACCUUUCAUGGCAUCUCAUGCACUGCACCAUUUUGUUUUUACCUCAUGUUGUAGCACAUCACUGUACUUUUCUGUUUUGCACUGCAGGCACCUGAAAGUAAAUGCAAAGUAAACCUAAAGACUGGUGACAAUUUAAACCAAGGUUGUCCCUCUUCCACCCCACAAUCUAAUAUGCUGACACAUUUUUAUUCCAUAUUUUAACAACCUGUGUCAGUGCAUUAGGCUACUCACACAAAAGCCCAAUAAGCAACUCUAAACCAGGUAUUUUAUUCCUGUUUAUUUUAUACUGUGCGUUACUGUGUGCCUGUAGACAUAUGCAUACAUAUGCCUGCUUGUCUUAGUGUUGUGUGUACACUAUAGAUUGAUCUGCAUGACACAUGAAACCUACUGCAUUUCCAAGUUAUUUCAAAAUCAUACAGGUAGAAAGGGAGACUGAACGGUGAAGGGGAACGGAACAAGCUGUGAACGUCUAUUUAUGAUCUGGAUGUGUCACUCUGACUCCAAUCUGAAAUGACCUCAUGGGCGCAGGCCAAUAAACAUCCACUGUAAUGCACAAAUAUCCGUCUUUCUGAGUUUCAUGUGAGACCUGACGAGAAGGUUGGGCGGAAAAAAAUGAAAAUAAGCCAAGUAAAUGACUGCAGUGAAGAGCGAAAUCCAAAUGCAUGCUACAAAUAAAGCCCACUUUAUUCGCCCAUACUCAACCAACAUAAUAUAAUCAUGUUAUCCAUGCUGCCAUCAUAACAGCUAUGUAUAAGAGGCAUGGGCCAUAUAAAGAGCUGAGAAUCAUCUAGUGUAUAUUUGCACUUAAUUUAAGGUUUCAGUAUUUGCCAUAAGGGCUGUUUUUCACAUCUGUUUGCAAGCCUGUGUUUCUGGUUAGCAUUUAUGACUCAUUGGAAACAUGUUACAUAUGUAUCUGCAAUGAACUAGCUGGUAUUGCAGCUGGUAUGUCAGCUCAUCAAGCUACAUACGUAUAAGGCUUACAUAUACAUUUAUGUAUGACUCUCUGCGGUUGACAUGCAAUGCAGAAUCUCCUUGGUUACACCAUGUUUUAGCUACUAAUAAAUGCACACACACACACACACACACACACACACACACACACACACACACACCCAACCUGCAUCCCUGCUCAAACUGAAGCUGAAUGUAUUUCAAAAUGUUUUUAACUGCUGUCAAUAACAUGUCAUAUUCGAUCAAAACACCUUUGACGGUGUCUUUUUGGCAUUUAAAUAAGUAAAAUAAAUGUGAUGCAUAAUGAUGAAUACAGUAGAGAUGCUUAUUUAUCAAAAAGUUUUCAGUUUUUUAAGGUUGAGCAGUUUACUCUGAAAACGAUGUUUGUUAUAGAUGAUCUAUUUAAAAUUGUAAUCUGCAAAUUUUAAGACAAGAUACAUACAAUGUUAUGUAAUCUGAUUGUUUUCUAUUAUGUUAGAGUUCAAACAUAAACAAAGACUUUCCUUGUGUUUUCAGACAUUUCAAUAGAUGGCCUCAUCAGUAUUUGCAGCUCUCAUUUCACCCUGUAUUUGAUGCCAUUCCUAGGGCAUUAAAUACAGAAGCUUGGUCAGUUGCCAUCAGCAGCUGAAUUCGAUGCACAAGGCACCCUUUAGUUUCAGCUUUCAGCUGACCAUAAUGUCAACCCUUCCAUCGCAACAACGUAAUAUAGAGAGCAAGAAUGUCUAAGUAGGGCGGCAGGGGUUGUGGUGGUGAAUGGGUCUAACAAACAUGGACUUUAAUCCAGGAGACCACUGUUAGUGUCCAGUGUAAAAACAAAAGCCCACUUUGUUUUAAUGUAGCCUUACAUAACUUAGGUAGACACAUGAGAUAAUUAAGUCACUCGUGAUGUAUUUCCGACACGUUACAUACUUAUUUUAACCCACAACAUGAUUUUUUUCAAGACCUAAUCUAGUAGUUUUGUCCCCUGAAACUAACUGUGACCGUUUGACAAUGUUACCCACGUGUUUCAUGUUUUACGCAGAGGAAAGCCUUUGUGUCGGUAUGAGAUGCAGAGGGGGUUUGAUACAGCAUUUUUUUCAACUAUGUAGUUUUUUUCAACUACAUUACACAUUUAACAUCAUGUGACAUAAUGUCACAUGACGU